AUGUCUCAUACAUAUGAUCAUAACGAUCCGGAGGUGGUUGAAGCAAUGAAAUAUUUGGCUCUUCCAUCGGAAGAAAAAAUUAAACUUCAAGCUCAACCAUUCGAUGGUAAAAAAGCAGUUUGGGCACCUGAGCCAAAAGAAAUUUAUAUUGCUGGUGAAAUUGUUAGUCAAAAAGGUGAUGAUGUAACAAUAAAAACUAGCAAAGGAGAAACUGUUGUAGUAAAAAAGGAUAAUGUUCAACAAAUGAAUCCACCUAAAUAUUCAUGCACUGAUGAUAUGGCUGAUUUAACCUAUUUAAAUGAUGGUUCAGUUUUAGCCAAUUUACGCGAUCGUUAUGCACGAUGGCUCAUCUACACUUAUUCGGGUCUUUUCUGUGUCGUCAUUAAUCCAUACAAGCGUUUACCAAUUUACACAAUGAAGGUAGUAAUGAUGUAUCGUGGUAGAAAACGUACUGAAGUUGCACCGCAUCUGUAUGCCAUUGCUGAUAAUGCCUAUUCAAAUAUGCUUCGUGAUCGUGAAAAUCAAUCAAUGUUGAUCACUGGUGAAUCAGGUGCUGGAAAAACAGAAAAUACAAAAAAGGUUAUCCAAUAUUUUGCUUUGGUUGCAGCUGCUACUGUAAAAAAAGAAGAUGAUGGAAAAAAAACAAUGACACUUGAAGAUCAAAUUGUUUCAGCUAAUCCGGUAUUAGAAGCAUAUGGUAAUGCUAAAACAACUCGUAAUAACAACUCAUCUCGAUUUGGUAAAUUUAUUCGAAUUCACUUUGGUCCUACAGGCAAAAUUGCUGGCGCUGAUAUUGAAGUAUAUUUACUUGAAAAAUCUCGUGUCAUCUUUCAGCAACCAGCUGAACGUAAUUAUCAUAUAUUUUACCAAUUGUGUUCUGAUGCAAAACCAGAAAUACAUAAAAUGUGUCUUAUUGGAAAUGAUCCAUCAAAAUAUCAAUUUGUAGCUCAGGGUAUGCUUACAAUUGAUGGUAUUGAUGAUUCUGAAGAAAUGCGUCUUACUGACGAAGCUUUUGAUAUUCUUGGCUUUAAUCAGACUGAAAAAGACAGUAUGUACAAAUGUACAGCUGCUAUUAUGCAUUUUGGUAAUUCUCAAUGGAAACAACGUCCUCGUGAAGAACAAGCUGAAGCUGAAAGUACAGAAGAUUGUGAAAAAGUAGCUCAUUUACUUGAUGUCGAUGCAGCUGAUCUCAUCAAAGGUUUACUUAAACCACGUAUCAAGGUCGGUAAUGAAUUUGUCAACAAAGGUCAAAGUAAAGAUCAAGUUACCAAUUCUAUUGGUGCUUUAUCUAAAUCGAUUUAUCAUCGUAUGUUUUGUUGGUUGGUUGAACGUGUCAACGUAACACUUGAUGUUAAAGCUAAACGACAAUACUUUAUCGGUGUCCUCGAUAUUGCUGGUUUCGAAAUUUUUGAUUACAAUGGUUUCGAACAAUUAUGUAUCAAUUAUACCAAUGAACGUCUUCAACAAUUCUUCAAUCAUCAUAUGUUCGUAUUAGAACAAGAAGAAUAUAAACGUGAAGGUAUUCAAUGGGAAUUUAUUGAUUUUGGUAUGGAUCUUCAAGCCUGUAUUGAUUUAAUUGAAAAGCCUAUGGGUAUUCUUUCAAUUUUGGAAGAAGAAUGUAUCGUACCAAAGGCUACAGAUAAAACAUUUGUGGAAAAACUUCAAAAUAAUCAUUUAGGAAAACAUCCACAAUUUGGUAAACCAAAACCUUCUAAAGGUAAAGCAGAAGCUCAUUUUGAAGUUCAUCAUUAUGCUGGCUCUGUCCCAUAUACUGCUACUGGAUGGCUCGAAAAAAAUAAAGAUCCUAUUAAUACUACUGUUGCUACUCUUUUUGCUAAAUCAAAAAAUGCAAUGUUAGCUCAUCUCUAUGCUGAUGUUAUUGAAGAAGAAGGUGCUGGUAAAGCUGGUGCUAAGAAGAAAGGUGGAAGUAUGCAAACUAUUUCUGCAACUCAUCGUGAAUCAUUACACAAAUUAAUGGCUACAUUAAAACAAACUCAUCCACAUUUUGUUCGUUGUAUUAUUCCGAAUGAAAUUAAAACUGGAGGUGUUCUUGAUUCACAUUUGGUUAUGCAUCAACUUACUUGUAAUGGUGUACUUGAAGGUAUUCGUAUUUGUCGUAAAGGAUUUCCAAAUCGAAUUAUUUAUGCUGAAUUUAAACAACGUUAUUCAAUUUUGGCACCAAAUGCUAUUCCUAAAGAUUUUGUUGAUGCCAAAAAAGCAACUGAUAAUAUCCUUAAAGAAAUUGCUUUAUCCGAAGAAUUAUAUCGAUUAGGUACAACAAAAGUCUUCUUCAAAGCUGGAACAUUAGGUCAUCUUGAAGAUUUACGUGAUCAAGCAUUAUCAAAAAUUAUUGCUACUUUACAAGGUCAAAUUCGUGGUUUUAUUAUGAAACGAGAAUAUAGAAAAAUGUUAGAACAACGUUUAGCUUUAUCUGUUUUACAACGUAAUUGUCGUAAAUAUUUAUCACUUCGAAAUUGGUCAUGGUGGAAAUUAUAUACUAAAGUUAAACCACUUCUAUCAGUUGCACGACAAGAAGAUGAAUUGAAAAAACUUGAAGAUGAAUUUAAAGCACUUAAAGAAACAUUUGAAAAAGAAGAAAAAUUACGUAAAGAAGUUGAAGAAAAUAAUACUAAACUUCUCCGAGAAAAGAAUGAAAUUUAUCUUCAAUUAGAAUCACAUCGAAGUAAUAUGGGUGAAGCUGAAGAACGUUUAACUCGAUUAGUUACACAAAAAUCUGAUCUUGAACAUCAAAUUAAAGAUAUGGAACAACGUUUUAAUGAAGAAGAAGCAACAUCUCAAGAUUUAAAUAAAAAGAAAAAGAAAUUAGAAUCAGAUAUUGAUGGAUUAAAAAAAGAUAUUGAUGAUAUCCGAUUAAAUCUUCAAAAAUCUGAAAAUGAAUGUAAAACACGUGAUAAUCAAAUUCGUAUGUUACAAGAUGAAAUGGCUCAACAAGAUGAAAGUAUUGCUAAAUUAACACGUGAACGUAAACGACUUGAAGAACAAAAUACCAAAACAACAGAAGAAUUACAAGCUGAAGAGGAUAAAGUUAAUCAUUUAAAUAAACUUAAAACAAAACUUGAACAAACACUUGAUGAAAUUGAAGGAAAUUUAGAACGUGAGAAAAAAGGUCGUGCUGAUCUUGAUAAAGCAAAACGUAAAGUUGAAACUGAUCUUAAAUCAGCACAAAGUAAUAUUGAAGAUCUUGAACGAGCAAAACGUGAACUUGAAGAUAGUGUUAAACGAAAAGAUCAAGAAAUUCAACAAGCUAAUGGUCGUCUUGAAACUGAACAAGGUCAAGCAACUAAUCUUGGUAAAAAAAUCAAAGAAUUACAAGCACGUGUUGAAGAAGUUGAAGAAGAACUUGAAAGUGAACGACAAUCUCGUGCUAAAACCGAAAAACAACGAGCUGAUUUAGCACGUGAAAUUGAUGAAAUGCGUGAUCGAUUAGAUGAUGCUGGUGGUGCAACAUCAUCACAAGUUGAAAUGAAUAAAAAACGUGAAUCAGAAUUAGCUAAACUUCGUCGUGAUUUAGAAGAAGCUAAUCUUCAACAUGAAGCUACAGCUGCACAACUUCGUAAAAAACAUCAAGAUGCUGUUACUGAAAUGGGUGAACAAAUUGAUCAACUUCAAAAAGUUAAAAAUAAAUUAGAAAAAGAUAAACUUACUGUUAAAUCUGAAUUAGAUGAUUUACGUUCACAAGUUGAUCAUAUACAAAAAGGUAAAGCUACUGCUGAAAAACUUUCAAAACAACUUGAACAACAAUUAAAUGAUAUGCAUAUUAAACUUGAUGAACAUGCUAAACAAAUUCAUGAUUUUAAUCAAUAUAAAUCAAAAUUAACUGGUGAAAAUUCAGAAUUAGUUCGACAACUUGAAGAUGUUGAACAUCAAGUUAGUGCACUUACAAAAGCUAAAACACAAUUACAACAACAAUUAUCUGAAGCACAACGAAUAAUUGAUGAAGAAUUACGUGGCAAAGGUUCAGUUACUUCACAAAUACGUAAUUUAACAGCUGAUCUUGAUCAAACUCGUGAACAACUUGAAGAAGAAUUAGAAAGUAAAGUUGAUCUUCAACGACAAGUAACUAAGCUCAAUUCUGAAGUACAACAAUGGCGAUCUCGUUAUGAAUCCGAAGGUAUGGCUCGUACUGAAGAACUUGAAGAAGCUAAACGUAAAUUAGCAUCAAAAUUAUCAGAAGCUGAAGAACAAGUUGAAGCAGCUUUAACAAAAUGUAAUGCAUUAGAAAAAGUUAAAUCUCGUCUUCAAGGUGAAGUUGAAGAUUUAAUGGUUGAUGUUGAACGCGCUAAUGCUAAUGCAUCAACUAUGGAUAAAAAACAAAAACAAUUUGAUAAACUUAUUAAUGAAUGGAAACAAAAAUGUGAAGAUAUUACAAUUGAAUUAGAAUCUUCACAAAAAGAAGCACGUCAAUUUUCAACAGAAUUAUUUAAAAUUCGAGGUCAAUAUGAAGAAUCACAUGAACAAAUUGAAGCUCUUCGAAAAGAAAAUAAGAACUUAGCUGACGAAAUUAAGGAUCUUACCGAUCAAUUAAGUGAUGGUGGAAAAGGCAUACACGAAUUAGACAAAGCUCGUCGACGUGCUGAAUUAGAAAAAGAAGAAAUUCAGCUUGCCUUAGAAGAAGCUGAAUCAGCACUUGAACAAGAAGAAUCUAAAGUUCUUCGUGCUCAAAUGGAAUUGAGCGGUGUUCGUCAAGAAAUUGAUCGACGUAUUCAUGAAAAAGAAGAAGAAUUCGAAACUACUCGACGUAAUCAUGCACGUGCUAUCGAAUCAAUGCAAGCUAGUUUAGAAGCAGAAUCUCGAGCUAAAGCCGAAGCACUUAAACAAAAAAAGAAACUUGAAUCAGACAUCAAUGAACUUGAAUCAGCAUUGGAUCAUUCAAAUCGUACAAAUACAGAUUUACAAAAAGCACUUAAACGAUUACAACAAAGUGUAUCUGAAUUAACAACUCAAGUUGAACAUGAACAACAACAACGUGAUGAAGCCCGUGAAGCUGCUGCAUCAGCUGAACGUCGUGCUAAUAUUAUUCUUGGUGAACUUGAAGAAUUACGAACAGCUUUAGAACAAGCUGAACGAGCUCGUAAAGCAGCUGAAUGUGAAUUACAUGAUGCUGCUGAUCGUAUUAGUGAAGUAAGCACACAAAAUGCUACUUUAUCAUCACAACGACGACAACUUGAAUCAACUGUAACUGCAAUGCAAUCUGAUUUGGAUGAAGCUGUAGCUGAAUUGAAAAAUGUUGAAGAACGUUCGAAGAAAGCUGAAGCAGAUACUGCUCGUCUUGCUGAAGAAUUACGUCGAGAACAAGAACAUUCUAUUAGUGUUGAACGAUUACGUAAAGGUCUUGAACAACAAGUUAAAGAUCUUCAAACACGUCUUGAUGAAGCCGAAGGCAAUGUUCUUAAAGGUGGUAAACGUAUUAUUGUUAAACUUGAACAACGUAUUCAUGAAUUGGAAAGUGAAAAUGAAAUGGAACAACAUCGUCAUCAAGAGACACUUAAAGAAUUACGUAAAAAUGAUCGACGUUUGAAAGAACUUGUAUUUCAAGUUGAAGAAGAUCGAAAGAAUCAAUUACGUUUACAAGAUCUUUCAGAGAAAUUACAAAAUAAGAUCAAAGUAUAUAAACGACAAGUUGAAGAAGCUGAGGAAAUUGCUGCACUUAAUUUGGCCAAAUAUCGUAAAGCUCAAACAGAUCUUGAGGAUUCAGCUGAACGUGCUGAUGCUGCUGAAAAUCAAUUAAGUAAAUUACGUUCUAAAAAUCGUUCAACUGUUAGCGCUAAUCGUACUACAUCAGGCGAUGAUUAUCGUGAAUCAACUGCAGCACGUGCUGCCUCAAUGGUUCGCAGUAGUUCAGUUCGUCCACGUUAA